UUCAAGCUGUCAACCCGCGCGCAGCUGUUUUCCUUUCAUGAUCACUCCGCUCUUUUUUCCCCCUCUGCAGCCAAACACCAGGAGCUUCAGAGGCAAAACAAAGAGAAGAAAGAGGAGGUGGAGUGAGAGAGAAAUAAAUAGAAACGCGCAGCCCAGCGCCUCCAACUAUGGCUCCAACGGUGAUCAUCAGAGAACUCGCCCAGUCCGCCUCCAAGCAGCGGGCUGACGCGCAGGAUGAGCGCCGCGCUGCGCUCCUCCGGGUGUGAGAGAAGCAUCGGCGGACCAGACACGGACAGCCGCCCCGCUCCCAGCCUGGAGGCUGGAAGCCGCCCGAUCCUCCGCGCGUUACAGCGCGCCUCCGUUCCAGAACUCUCUGAUUUUUAUUAUUUUUAUUGUAUAUUUUUGUUUACUCCCAAAACCUUCAGGAGUCAGAGUCCACCAGAACACCCGGGAAACUUUCCCCCCCUUCUCCCUCCAUCCUGAUCGGCUGCCAGUGUGGAGGGGAGCGCGGUGAGCAAAGCGCGCUCAGCGGGGCUUGAAGAGCCAAACUCGGUGUGAUCUUGUCCAAAGAACCCGGAAAGUCUUUAAAAGUCCCGGCGGCCACCGCUGCGAAGAUGCCGGUCCGGAGGGGCCAUGUGGCCCCGCAGAACACCUUCCUGGAUACUAUCAUCAGGAAAUUUGACAGUCAAAGUCGGAAGUUCGUCAUCGCCAACGCCAGAGUGGAGAACUGCGCCAUCAUCUUCUGCAACGACGGCUUCUGCCACCUGUGUGGCUACAGCCGAGCCGAGAUCAUGCAGAAGCCUUGCACGUGUAACUUCCUGUACGGGCCGGACACCAAGAGGCUGGCCAUCGCCCAGAUGGCGCAGGCCCUGCUGGGCUCCGAGGAGAGGAAAGUGGAGAUCAACCUGUACAGGAAAGACGGCCAGUGUUUCCUGUGCAUGGUGGACGUGGUGCCGGUGAAGAACGAGGAUGGUGUGGUGAUCAUGUUCAUCCUGAACUUCGAGGUCAUGACUGAAGACGCACUGAAGGACCACAAACAGGAGCUGAACCACCGCCUGCCCACCUGGCUUGUUACAGGUCGCCCACGAGGCUUCAAGCUGCGUCUCCCCCAGCUCCGCUCCCUGUCCAACAGCAAGGCAUCACUGGACGACGCGGAGGCCGGCCACAUCCCCACUGCCACGCCCCUGGCGCUGCAUCCGGACCACAGUCCUGAGUCUCUUGGCCUGGCCGAGUUCCUGCCCCUGCCUCUCUUGCCCCCAGACCACCAGGAGCAGCUCAGUGGAAGCAGGUCAGCUCUGCAGAAGUGGCCGGAGGAUCACCAGGAGGACCAACACACCCUCCUGUGUCCGGAGAUCUCCAUUCCCCUCCCCAGGCUGCCUCCUCAAGUAGUCCACUUGGUUGGACCCCUCAACCAGUCGACCCCCUGUGUCGUGGCCCGCCACCGCCUCAGCCUUAACCCGGACGCCUCGUGCUCCAAUUGCUCCCUGACGCACAGCCGCUCGCGGGAAAGCUUCCACAGCAUGCGGCGCGCCUCCUCCGUGGACGAGAUUGAGGCCCUGAGGCCCGAGUGGGACCGGAAGAACCGGAGGGCCAGCGUCCGGCCAGCCAGCAGCAGCACUGGGGCUGUAAACAGCAAGUCUAACAUACUGAACUCCACUUCGGACUCGGACCUCAUGCGGUACCGUACGAUAUCCAAAAUUCCCCAAAUCACCCUCAACUUUGUGGAUUUCAAACCGGACCCCCUCAUCGCCCUGCCCUCUGGAGAGAUGGACAUCAUAGCCCCCUGCAAGCUCAUUGACAGGACUCACAACGUCACCGAGAAAGUCACACAGGUGUUGUCUCUGGGUGCAGAUGUGUUGCCAGAGUACAAGCUUCAAGCUCCUCGCAUCCACAAGUGGACGGUGUUGCACUACAGUCCCUUCAAGGCGGUGUGGGACUGGCUCAUCCUGCUGCUGGUCAUCUACACCGCCAUCCUGACUCCCUACUCAGCCGCCUUCCUCCUCAACGACCACGAAGAGGUAGCCAAGCAGAACUGCGGUUACUCCUGUUCUCCUCUCAAUGUGGUGGACCUCAUUGUCGACAUCAUGUUCAUCAUUGACAUCCUCAUCAACUUCAGGACAACAUAUGUGAACUCUAAUGAUGAAGUGGUGAGCCACCCAGUUCGUAUCGCUGUUCACUACUUCAAAGGCUGGUUCCUCAUCGACAUGGUUGCUGCUAUUCCCUUUGACCUGCUCAUCUACCGCAACGGAGAGGAGACCACCACCCUGAUUGGCCUGCUGAAAACCGCUCGUCUCCUGCGAUUGGUCCGCGUAGCCAGGAAGUUGGACCGCUACUCAGAGUACGGAGCGGCUGUCCUCUUCCUCCUUAUGUGCACCUUCGCCCUCAUCGCUCACUGGCUGGCCUGCAUCUGGUAUGCAAUUGGUAGUGUGGAGCGGAACGGUUCUAUAGGUUGGCUCCACACUCUGGGGGACCAGCUGGGAAAACACUUCAAUGAAUCUGUCCCAGGUUCAGGACCCUCUAUCAAAGACAAGUAUGUCACAGCUCUUUACUUCACAUUCAGCAGUCUGACCAGUGUGGGUUUUGGAAAUGUGUCACCCAACACCAACUCUGAGAAGAUCUUCUCCAUCUGUGUUAUGCUCAUCGGAUCCCUGAUGUACGCCAGCAUCUUUGGGAACGUGUCAGCCAUCAUCCAGCGGCUCUACUCAGGGACGGCCCGCUACCACACCCAGAUGCUGAGAGUCAGGGAGUUCAUCCGUUUCCACCAGAUCCCCAACCCUCUCCGGCAGAGGCUGGAGGAGUACUUUCAGCAUGCCUGGUCCUACACCAACGGCAUCGACAUGAACGCCGUCCUGAAAGGGUUCCCCGAGUGUCUCCAGGCAGACAUCUGUCUCCACCUGAACCGAACGCUGCUACAGAACUGCAAGGCCUUUAAAGGCUCCACUAAGGGCUGCCUCCGGGCGCUGGCCAUGAAGUUUAAGACCACCCACGCCCCGCCCGGCGACACGCUGGUCCACGCUGGGGACGUCCUCACUGCCCUCUACUUCAUAUCCAGGGGGUCCAUAGAGAUACUAAGAGGAGACGUGGUGGUAGCCAUCUUGGGGAAGAAUGACAUAUUCGGCGAGCCCAUCAACCUGUACCCCCGCCCGGGGAAAUCCAACGCUGACGUGAGAGCGCUGACGUACUGCGACCUCCAUAAGAUCCUGAGGGAAGACGUUCUGGAGGUGCUGGACAUGUAUCCGGAGUUCGCCGAGCAUUUCUGGAACAACCUGGAAAUCACCUUCAACCUCAGAGACACCAACAUGAUCCCGGGUUCUCCCAGCAGCGACGACUCCGCCAGUGGGGGGUUCAACAAACUGCGGAGACGGAAGCUGUCAUUUCGAAGACGUACGGAAAAAGACGACGCCGACGCCGGGGAAUACAAAAAAUCUCACAAAUCGUCACGGCGAAGACAGAGGGAGGCGGCCAGCAGCCAGAGGGAGAAGGAGGAGGCAGCCAGGAGGCAGUGGGGCGGACAUCGCAGCUCCGUGUCUUCUCACUCCAGCGGUGAUGAGGGGGAGGAGCCUGUUCUGUCCGGCCUCGCCCCCCCGCCCGCUCUGCUGGAGCCCCCAAAGGCUCAGGCCCCGCCCCGGAGCUUCAGUGAGACCACAGAGCCAGAGGGGGACCCUAAGACUGGAAACACCUGCAAUGCCCUUUCAGGUGCUUUCUCAGGUGUGUCCAACAUCUUCAGCUUCUGGGGAGAGAGUCGAGGAGGCGGUCAGUACCAGGAGGUGCCCAGCUGCAGCCUGGCCUCCCCCCCGCCUCUCAACACGCCGCUGCACAGCCUGAGCCGCCAGCAGCGCAGCCAGCUGGACGCACGUCUGGACCUGCUGCAGAAACAGCUCAACAGGUUGGAGAGCCGCAUGUCAGCGGACAUUGGUGUGAUCAUGCAGCUCCUCCAGAGGCAGAUGGCCCUGGUUCCUCCUGCCUACAGUGCUGUUUCAUCACCUCCUCAGCCCUCUCCGUACCCUGGUUCUGGUCCAGGAGUCAGAGCAGCUCCAGAUACAAUGGCUUCUCUUUCACAGAUCUUGGACUCGCAGAACUUUGAAGACUUUUCAGCCACGCCUCUUGACUCUAUGCAGCCCCAGGACUCCUCUCUGAUCCCCGCCAACCAAGAUCAGCCUGAAUCCUCUGCCCUGGGCAGCCUGGGGCAGCAUCUGGAGCUGGAGUUCCAGCUUGGCAGCAGGGCUGGAGCCAUGGCUGCAGGGACUGCUGCAGAUGCAGAGACAAGUAAAGCAGGAGGAUUGGACUUUGCGUCAGUGGAACCGAAGCCGGCUGCAGGGAUGGAGGCGUUGCCUAUGGACGCUGAGACCCAAAGAAGGCUGUCACUUCAAGAACCACAGACACCUCUGGAUUCACAGAUACCACAAAGACAUGGCUCUGACCCGGGGGGAAGCUAAAAGAAAGGGGAAGGAAAAGGGGAGAAGAGAAGUAUCCAUUGUUCCAUACAGAGGCACUAGCUGGAUCUACCACCUAAACCCUUUCAGGCGCUCACUUCUCACCUUUUCGGACAGAGUAAAGCCAUGAUAGGGGUCAAGGGAAGUAUUGAACCUUUUCCUCUGCCACAGUCUUUGUCUUUGAGUCUCCUCUCAAGAAACAUCCUGAGCUUUCUGAGCUUCAGAGUGGUACAACCUUUAACCAAAACCACAAGCCGAACAGAGGCGACUUCUGUCUCUAACCCGAUCAGUCCGGUCUGGAAACUCUCAGUCAGUCGCUAAGGAUAACACUUCUCAGUCAUUCUGAAAAGACAACUAAUUUAUAGAAGAAUCCCUUUACUGUUGUGUCCAGUGUCGGAUGACUGAAGAGAACAAGACAACAUCGGACAAAAUAAUGACAAACAAAAAAGUAGCCAUUUUACGUCUUGCACUGAAAACCUUGAUACGAUGAUUAUUCUUUCUAUAUAUGUCCAAGGCGCUUCCGAUAAACUCACUGACUGGUUGUUGAAUUGUAGUGUUAGCUGGCCUAACAGGAAUCCUGCUGUCCCAUUCUGUCAUUGGUUCCAUCCCCUUGAUGCCCCGCCCUCUGCCCCCCCAAGAGGUGGAGCUAAUGUUCUAAUUUAUACUCUGAUCGAGAGCACACUGGAUUGGCUGGUCCACACCUCAGGGGGUGGGAACUGGAGGGUUACAAGCCAUGAAUUCUCUUGAAGAACAUAUCAGCUGCCCAGUUGUAAACGUUGUACCCAUUUGCUAGAGAUCUGAAUACGUGUGGCAUGCUUGGGUUGUGUCAGUAACAGGUAAACUGGCAAACUUACACAGUUUCCAUAAGAGCAGUAUACCAAAACAGCUCCAUAAAGACUUCAUCAAGCAACUCCACAAACUUCUGUAUGAGCUGUGGCCUUAACAAGGUCACCUGAUCAUCACCAUACGAGAAGUGACAAAGUCAGCAGUGAUUUCUGAUGCCCGGUUGAAAGCUCAUGCAUAGAGGAAUUCUAGUUUAACAUUGUUGAAUUUGCUACCUCAGAUUUUAUUGCUCUUUACUUUUUUGUUUUCACCUCAAGCACGCAAACCCUGAAUAUUUCUACCUUGUACAUAAUUAAGUAUACGAGUUUGCCAGUUUACAACGACCAGCCGAAUGCGCCAUUAUUCAAUGUACAGUACAAUAUGCAAACACUGGCUAGAAGAAGGCGGAUUGCGUGUGCUAAACUGCCUUGUGUGGUGUAUUUGCUUCAACACAUGGUAGAGGCUCACUGGAUUCUCUUGUUGGGUAUUUUUACCCCCAGACAAAGACAGGUGAAUGAUGCCUUGUUGAAAAGGACAAAUGGAUGGUUUGCUAUGUGAAACACAAACCCCUUACAAUGUUGCUUUACAGAACACAUGCCUCAGUUACAGUGCUUUACCUGCUUUGGCACCAUUUUACAAGACUGGGUUGAGAGGUGUGGUCAACAUCUGCCUGCUGCUUUUUCCCUCAUUUUGCAUCUCUAGAUACCAGUUACUUUAUUUUGGAGCCUAAUGUUCUUGGGCAUGCACCCCAUUUUUACAUACAAAGUAAGCUAGCCUGACAAGAAUUAUCUGUUAACACAGUAGUGCAACAUGAGGACUACUUCCUUUUAUCUUCAAAAUAAGUCUCAGCAACUACUGACCUUUUGCAACUACGUAUCACAUUGAGGAGAAUGACGAACAGUGGAAGUGAGGAUGGGAGUAUUGAACUGUGAUUGUUUUCUCAAGCUAAGUUAAUUUGUCUGUAGAAGUAUCACACCUAGUUGGGCCUCAUAAAGAGUGUUAUUUACAAAAGUUGAAUAUCUACCUUAAAAACUGUCCCAUAUCUUCUCCCUCCUGAUGUGUUAAUUGAUUUGAUAAAAACACAGACUUUAACUGAAUACAUGUCAUAUACCACUAUGUCAUAAACUGCAAUUCCCUUAGACUAGAUUGUAUAAAAAAUCUAGAUGCUAACAAGGUUUUUUGGAUAUGGUAGGCUACCUGAAGGUGAGGCAUUCUCUUCAGAUUAGGCACAUACCGUCUUCAAAAUGCAAUAUUAGAGAUUUCAUUUUGAAGAUUCUCAACAUUGCAUCCUUUGUGAUAUCCAAUAUUAAUCUUACUAAGAUUAUUUCAUAUUUAUUAAGUAUAUAAACGUUAAUCUUAUUACCUCGUAAAAAGUGUUCACUGCAAAUCCACAGAUAAAGCAAGGCCUCCCAGUCCUUAUGAUUGAUGAUUGCUAUUUAUUACUAGUCUAUAUUAUCAGGCUACCAACUGUCUGUUUUUGACAAUCUUUACAGGAAUUAACAAGCUCAUAGGUUGUUUGAUGUCGGUCAUGGUCGAGCGGGUCGCUUUCCGAAAAGGGUGACGUCAUGUGCAAAGGGUCAAUAACACUAACCUUCGUACCUGGGUGCCAGAAGAAGCCACCCGAUGAUAGUACCUGUAUACACAAACUUUAAUAUUGUGAGAUGUUGCUUCACCUCUAAGAACCUCAUCUUGAUAACCUUUAAAAUCUUAAAUCAUUUCACCGGUUUAUAAAACAUAAACAUAAUUUGCAUGACGUGUUCUGGCAUUUUGAUACUAGGUGUUAAGGAUGGUCCAGUUUAGCUAAUGCUAAAUCCAUUGGCAUUAGCUCGUGGAAUAAGCUAUUUUCUACUUUCUACAUUUCUGCUGCAGGUAUAACCAUUCAACAGAACCCCCAAAAGACUGUAUUGUCCCUUUAAAACAUUCUUUUAAGUCCAACUUGACCCCCUUUUUGAGUUCGAGACAAAAGGUCUAGAUGCUUACAAGGUUUUUGUACAUGGUAGGCUACCAUCAGAGAGCAUCUACUCUCUGUCUUUAAAGGUAUCUCAUCUACCCAAAGUGGUGAACACAACAAACAUAUGUUCAGUAAGUAUGAUGAAGAUUACGUGUAGAAAAUAUUUAAAUGUUAGCAGCAUCAGGCAUAUCAUUGUGAGCCUUAGCUGGUUUAGUAAAAAUGAAAAACUGUCACCAGACCAUACGACGUUGAUCAUGACGUAUUUUGGAUGAAGCCCAGGUGUUUAUCCAGACACCCCAACACAGACACCUGUUGGGGAUUACGUGAAAUAUUUCAAAUAAAACGCUAACUUUUGAGUUCUUAGGAUGAAGGAAAUUAAACACCUAUCUCAUCACCAAAUUGUCUUCCCUGAUCUAAAAUCCCACAGAUUAAACUUCUGCUGCUGUAAUAUGCUGACGAGUGAAGGAAAAGUGUUGGCAAAGAAGUGCAAUAGUCCUUUAAACAGUCCUGACCUGUAGCAGCUUGAGUACGUCUGGAAGAGGAAAAAGAAGAAAAAAAGUUCUGCACUUUAUGUUAUCAUGCACAGCGCACAUGUUUUAAUGAAGACUCAGGAAUGUGUCAGUCAUGUCAUGGGUGCCCGUUUUUCCUUUGUCCAACAACUCAAAAUCAACCAAACAAGAUACUUUAACAGAACUCAUCGUUGGCAGAAUUCCUCUUUUAACAAAGUAUUGAGAAGUUGUUACUCUGCUGUUUUGUCUAAGUUAUUUAAUUUAUCUGUUGUGGUAGAUAUAUUUGGUUUGCAUGUGAAUUAUGGCUGCAAUCACUUUGUCUCGGCUGUAUGAAGAGCUGGAGGACCUGAAUGUUCUUAGGCGCUCUGCUUUCUCGUUACUCUGUUCAUGUUGCUGAAAUGUACACAUACGCACCAUUUUUCUCUACAUAUAAUCAAUACUGAUGAUCAGAGGUGGUUGAUGUGCAUAUUAUUUAAUGUUAAUAUUACUGAAUCACUUUGUGAAGACCAGUGAGAGCCAUUUCCCUAAAGGUCGUCGUCCAUGUCCACUUGUGUGCAGCUCGUGCUAUGCUUUGUAACAGUGCACUUUAGUAUUGAACCAAAGCAAGGAAAUGCUGUAACCAACCAUCACUGGUGACAUUUUAGACCCACGUGUGACUCAGCUGAAGGAGUAAACAAAAAGGAAUGGGACAAUUUGAAUGCAGAGGUCGCAAUAACUAGACAAGACGUGACGAGGAAGAUGUGAGAAUCCGAAGGCUCCAGUGUGGAAACUGACUCUAGAUUCUAGUAUGUAAAUCUGAAUGAACACAUCAUGGAAGCCCAAAGCUGUGCAAAUCUGACUUGUUCUUACUGCUGAAGCUAGCUGCUUGAUGCUAACACCACUUCCUCAUGUACGUUUGGCUGUGUUCAUUAUUUCAAUGCCGUCAUGGUAGAUAAAAAACACGCCUUGUUAUGCUUAAAAGGUUUUUGAUGCAUCAGGACAAAAUAAAAAUCAUCUGAAUUUUUUUUUUUUUAUCGAAUUCUAAAAUCAUUUCAAUCAAACCUUAGAUGUAAUUCUACACUGGUAUAAAAAAGAAAAUUAGUUGUAAAAACAAAUCCUCCCUGGUUAACAUUAUGUAGUGGAGUUUUUGGCUCUUGUGUUCUUUACUGUCAUCUGCCCAAAGAAUAUGUUUGUUUGUUUUUUUUCCCAGAAGAUUUGAGCUUUAUUCAGUUUAUGUUUGCAAACCAACAUUUUUCUUCUUUGUUGAGCUGCUUUCUGCUGACAGGUUCUCUGAUGCAGUCAGAGAACCUGUCUUUUUUUGUUUUGCUAUGAAGUUCAACCAGCAGGGGGCACACUUCAGCUAAUCUGCUAAUGCAGGAGCUCUUUUUUUUCACUUAGAGCUUUUGCUAACUUUGAAAACAUGAACAUACAAGCCUUGGCUUACUUUGUAAAUACUGAACUGUUCAGUAUUUAUUAAGUAAGCCUGCAAAAAAAAAAAAGCUAUGAUAAUGAAUAGAAUAAUUACAAUAAAGACAUUGAGUCAGAAUUUAAAUUCUGAAUCUUCCAAACCACACAGUGGUGGGAAGAUCAUCUUUCCCCCGUUGGACAGAUUCUGCUGCUUUUCUAAGGUCAUUGCCGAUAUCUUUCUGACUUGACGUUGUGUUCAGAACAGAAAAACAGCUGAAACUCCUGCUUUUCCUGAAGACAUCACUGUCUGAUGAUCAAUUAUAAAAGGGCUUUGAACAACGGGAUUUUUUUAAAACUGUCACUUAGUUUUUCAUUUUUUAAUGGUUUAUUUAAACAAUUCAGACACUUUAUUAUGUCCUGAUCCCAAAAAAAAAAAAAAAACUCUAAAUAGUAUAGUUUUUCCCAUGAUGGCACCAUUAUUCUGUCAUGACAUGGACUUCAGUACAUAUGAUUAAGUGUAUGGAAAUAUUUUUAAACACAGAUACUGCUCCCCCAUAACUGUAGCUUUCAUUUUGUUUAAUGUUCAAUAAGUCACCUAGUGGCCUGAAACAUGUCUAUUCUUUCUGACCUCCAAACUAGAAUGUGGUUGUUUUCCUCUCAUCAGGCCUAGAACAUGCAUGACUUGGAAUGCAUAUUACCACAAUAGAAUACAAUAUAAGUAAUAAUAAAUGCUGAUCAUUCAGCCCACAGAUCACUUCUUACACACUUCUGACCCUCUUGGCUCUUCCGUACCGCUGAGCUUUAAUUUUCAGCUCUGUUUGACUUUUUAUGAGUUCUGACAGGUUCAGGUCCUGUUUUUGUACAUAUUUUGAUGACUUCAGUGGGGUUGGGUUGAUGGUUGAGGGCUGGGAGGUUUUGGGGUGGGGAGUGGGGUUACACAGCACUGGAUUUGCUUUGUCUGUUUUUGCCUGUACAUACAAAUUUCUAUUGUAAAAGAUUCAGCGGCGCUCAUAUAGCCGGCACUAUGCAGAAACUAUGAAGAAGAAGAAGAAAAAAAAAUCCUUUGGCAUGCUCUGAAAUGCAGAAUUUAAUAGGAGAAAACGUAGUAAACAAAUCUUUGCUCUAAUUUCUUAUCAUAAAGAAUUACCUGAAUUAAAACAAAACAAAACAACAAAAAAAACAAAAAAAACAAAAGGCGUCUGUGGCAGAUGAUGAUGAGGGUCGGAGUGAUGAAGCUGAAGACUUUUCUUAUUGUGCGCAUUUUUGAUUGCAUGCUGCACUGAGAAUCAUCCGGAGAUGUGAAGGGUUGACGCACAAAGCGGCUAAUUCUUGCUGUAUGCUUGCAGACUGUGCAUAGAGUGAAAAAACGAUAUUCUUCCAGCUUGUGGGAGAGUCAUAUUUAUAUAUACACAAGUACUAAAAAAAUAAAUAAGUAAGAAAAACAAACAAACUUCUGAAUACAAUGUUAUAUUGUAUCUUUGGUUUUUCUGAGCAGGAUCUGCUGUAGGUGGAUGGAUGGACUGGGCAGUUCCUACAAUAUGCAGGUGUGCUUGAUUCCCUCUUGGCUCUGUCCAAGAGUCGAAAAUAUUCCAAACAACGCUGGCCCACUUCUUCCUUUUCUUUUAAAGCAUGUGGGUUGUUCAAAUCUGUUAGCAAUAUCAAAUUUCAACGUGAUGUGGAGGUUAAAUGUCCUCUGGUAAUUUAAUACAGACUGUUUUUUUUUUGUUUUUUGUUUUUUUAACUCGUCCCCUAGAAUAUUGUCUAACCACUGAAUGGCCCAUGCAGGGCUUCCACAAAGUAAAUGAUUUAUGUGAAUAAGUGAGGAAAGUCGAAGGGGAAAACUGUGACGCUCCAGGUUCUGAUUGUGCGAUAGCAUUAUUAAUGGUUGAACUUUCUAAGAUUUCAAAAAAAAAAAAAACUUUCA